AUGGCUUCAGAAAACGCCAACGAGGGCAAGUCACUUGCAGACCGUAUUACCAAGCCAGGUGCAGACUCUACCGACGCACCUUUGAAUGCUGCGAACAAAGAUGGCGCAAGCGAGGCUCUUGGAGGCAGCAACCUUCAAGAACCAGAAUACGAUGUGGAGGUCAAAUUGAGCGACUUGCAGGCUGACCCCAACAACCCACUAUUCUCUGUCAAGUCUUUCGAAAAUCUCGGCCUGUCGCCAAGUAUUCUCGAAGGUCUCUAUGCGAUGAAGUUUAUGAAACCGUCAAAAAUUCAGGAGCGCGCCCUACCUCUGCUUAUGCAAAACCCCCCUACGAACAUGAUCGGACAGUCGCAGUCAGGUACCGGAAAGACAGCAGCCUUCACUCUCAAUAUACUCAGUCGUAUCGACCUUAGCACCGAGGAAAUGCAGAAAUCACCACAGGCCUUGGUUCUUGCACCUAGUCGCGAGCUGGCUCGUCAGAUUGGAGGCGUCAUUAGUGAGAUGGGUCGAUUCGUCGAGGGCUUGUCCGUUGGAAUGGCGGUGCCCACAGAAGGCAAGCGACCCGCGCGGUUAGAGCAUUCAGUCGUUUGUGGAACGCCUGGUACGGUGAUGGAUCUUAUCAAGAAGAGAAUCAUGAUCGUGAAUAAAUUGAAGGUUCUUGUCCUCGACGAGGCUGAUAACAUGCUCGAUCAGCAAGGAUUGGGAGACCAGUGUAUCCGUGUCAAGGCUUUCCUUCCCAAGACCAUACAAGUUGUGCUCUUCUCUGCCACGUUCGAUGAUCAAAUCCGUUUAUACGCCGCAAAAUUCGCUCCUAAUGCCAACGAAAUCUCACUCAAACAAGAAGAACUCACGGUCGAGGGAAUCAGACAAUUCUACCUUGAUUGCGUCGACGACAAUGACAAGUAUAGCGUGCUCGUCAAGUUCUACGGACUUCUCACCGUUGCAUCAUCCAUCAUCUUUGUACAGACACGUUCAACUGCUGCCGAGAUUGAGAAACGCAUGACUGCAGAGGGACAUACCGUGGCAUCAUUGACCGGUGCUGUCGAAGGCUCUGUACGUGACAAAGUCAUUGAUGAUUUCCGCGAAGGUCGCGCCAAGGUGCUCAUCACCACCAACGUCCUUGCACGUGGUAUCGACGUUUCAACCGUCUCAAUGGUCAUCAACUACGAUAUCCCCGAACAUCACAAACCUGGUCAACCACGUACAGCAGACCCCCAAACAUAUCUCCACCGUAUCGGUCGUACCGGUCGUUUUGGUCGUGUCGGCGUAGCCAUUUCCUUCGUCUCCAGCAAGGAAGAGUGGCAGAUGUUGAUGAAUAUUUCGAAAUACUUCAAUACUAAUAUUGAAGGCCUCCAAACUCGUGACUGGGAUGAGGUAGAGAAACUGAUGAAGAAAAUCAUUAAGAAUCCUCGGGCUCGAGGAGACUUUCCUCAGUCAACAGCUGCUUGA